AUGGGAAUAUGUGGACAACUGGAUGUUUGUACUGCGAGAGACCCCAAUCACAGUUCUUCUCAGGUAUUCGACAGAAACAUAGCUCUGAGACUUUGGAGGAAAGCUAAACGGAUGGACAGAGCGUUUGACGACCUGUAUGGCCGAUGUAGUCCUAGCAUCAUACCAUCUCCGACUGAGGAAUGUCGCUCAUGUAUGGAAACACUCCUCCCUCAUAAUCUACCUUAUGAGAACGUCACGGCAAAAGAAAUGAGGGAUAGUUUAUUAACAGAUUAUACAGUAUUAGGAAAGGUCGUGGGAGCCCUCACGCGCAUGCACGAAGUAUGGUUGGCUUGCCUGUGCGUGGCGUCAUAUUUGCUGCCGUCGAUGGGAGAACUUUCUCCUGCGUUUUCCGAUCUUAACAUUGGCACCAAGAACAUUUGUGGAGAAAAUGUCCCUCCUCAGUAUCCAGCCGACAUCGAUUUCCCAUUCCAUGAGGUCGUUAUCCCGCCAUCAUUCAGACGGAACAUCCAUCGUCUAGAGAGGAAGGCACUCCAGCUGAAGCACAGUGUGACGAGCUUGCUUCGUCUAUAUGAGGAAGACAGACUAUCCAGAUCUGCUGAUAUCGAUGAGAUAACAUACUUUCCACCGUGUUUUCAACUCAUCAACAGAACCAGUUUUGUUGUGAUGUCGGAGUUGUCUCCCUUCACGAUAUAUCGAUCACUGAAACGGGACUUUCAUACUAUGACAGACUUCCUUGGUAUGUUGGAACUUAUGAAAGAGGACGAAGCAACUUUCGAAAAUUCCGAGUUAAUUCUGAACUUUCUUCAGAUAGAAAUCAACACAAAGAGUCUUCUCUGUGAACUUUCUUUCUCCAUUUCUGCCCUAGAAAGUUCCGUCCCCUCCACAGUGGUUAGGCUUCGUCUAGACAAAUGGUGCGUUGCUGAGGGAGCAGACGACUGUUGGCGCUGUAACAGAGAUUCCAUGAUACUGAGUAUGAUUGAUAAGCUGUGUUUUACACUUCGAGAUAAAUACAGACACAUCAGGAGAAACAUAUUCUAG